AUGCACUUUACGGAGGGUGUGCAAGUGUUGCUCAAGGUAUCACCUAUGAAAGGUGUCGUGCCUUUUGGGAAGCGAGGUAAGCUCAGUCCUAGAUAUAUUGGGUCGCUUGAGAUUCUUCAGCGUGUGAAGCCGGUGGCCUAUAGGUUGGCUUUGCCUCUGAGCUUGUCGGGAGUUCACCCUGUUUUUCAUGUAUCAAUGCUAAAGAAGUUUCAUGGAGAUGGUAACUAUAUGAUUUGUUGGGAUUCGGUCUUAAUAGAUGAAAAUCUCUCUUAUAAAGAGGAACCUGUUGCCAUUCUUGAUAGAGACAUUCGUAAGCUGAGGACUAGGGAGAUUGCGUCUGUGAAGAUUAGGAAAGAUGGACUACCAACUAUUAACUUAGCCCUCAACAUCAAUGCUGUUUAUGGAUUGUUUUAG